AUGAACCAGCCAGCAGUAUACCCUGAAGCUCUGGUGGUUGCAGCUGGCCUUGGCCUGCACGGCCAUCAGAAGGGGUCACUCUCACUAGACGGCGCCAUCACAGCAUUCGCUGUUGGCUAUGGGCAUCUCGCAAACCCUCUCAGACUCUUUGGUGUCACAAUGAUUGGGAUGUACCUUUUGGGAUCACGCGCUACCAAGGUGAAGGCCGAAGUGAAGGCAAAGCUGGAAGACGGCCCCGAUCCGUCCAAACCCAGUGGUAACAGAACUUUGACACAAGUAUUAUCCAAUUCGUUGCCCGGCUUGAUAGCUGCUCUCCUCUACCGAUUUGGCCCUGGUGGCCAGCUCAGCAAAAGAUCAGUGAUACUGUCUUUGCAUCCCAUUGCUCGGCCGUUGAUGUUUGCUUCCCUUGGUCUCAACGCCACCAUCCUUGCAGACACUUUGGCCUCCGAGCUCGGCAUCCUCUCCCCCACCGCUCCCCGCUAUAUCUUAAGCCUACAGCCUGUCCCCCCCGGGACCAACGGUGGGGUAUCACCUCUGGGCCUUUUAGUGUCGGUAGCUGGUGGCGUGUCUAUGGGACUCAUUCAGGUUGUUGACCUCCUCAUCGAAAACCCUGCAUCUCGCGCUGGAGGCGUCGGUUGGGCUUUGGAGAUUGUUGGUCUAGGCGCUGCCUUGGGUCUUGCCGGAAGUUUGAUGGACAGCCUACUUGGGGCUACUUUGCAGAUAACCUAUUAUGACACAAAGGAGAAACGCGUCAUCACGGACACUUCUGAGAAGUAUGCAAGCGGGCGGACCGCCGAGGGUGUGAAGACCGUGGGCAUCGGCAGCAACGUGCUGUCCAACUCAGCUGUAAACUUUGUCUGUGGAUGUGCUUUGGCAGGGACAGGCUGGUAUUAUGGGACAUUGUAG